UCUGGGCUGCAGGGAAGCGACACCGGAUGGUCGGACAACCCAACCCGCAUCGACUCACAGAUUAACCUUCAGCUCACACCGCCAGCACAGAGCAUUUCCUCCCACCCCUUUAUCCCCUUCUUCCCCUCGAUGCUUGAGUUGCCUGAUCUUCCUGCCUGACUGUGUGAGGAUUCUAUCGCGUUUAACUGCAUUGCCUGUGCGUCUUCGGUCUGUUUCCUCCUCCUUCAUUCCCUGUUACUGGAAACCACACUGCUGCGAAGUACUUUUUUUUUGGAGGGGCACUGGAUCGACCUGCUCGAAGUUUUCUUUUUCUUUUUCUUUUUCUUUGAUUUAUCUGCUUCUGUCUGAGACAUCUGAACAUCGCAGCUCGAUGCUCCUCUAAUGUUGAAGGGUCGGAAUGGUCUCCAAGCCCGGGAGUGGAUGUUACUUUAGGAUGCAGAAGGAGGAUGAAGUUGAGUGUAGCCCUCGGUGAAUGCUCUGAUAUGAGAUUGGUGUCCAGCAUCUACAACAUUGGCUCUACUCCUUAAAUCAGAGUGGAUCAGACGCAUUCAUUGUUUGAAUGCCAGAGAGCAAGAUGAGUUGCCUCUAUGACUGUUUAAAUUGCACCUAAGACAGAGAAACUGACGGCGGGUCCUUUUAGUCUGCUAUUGCUGCAGGGAAGAGACGUUUCUUUUCUUGCUGCCUAAACGAGUUGGGAUCUUGCAUCUGAGAGGAGACCGGGAACUCUGUAAAAACAAAGAAAGCAGAGUGGUCUUUUUCCUCUCCGUACUAAACCUGACAUAUACAAAAGAACGAUAAAAUGAAGAAGUUUCGGAAGGUGUUGGACGGCUUGACCACUUCCUCUCCCGGAGGGACUAUCGGAUCCCCAUCGUGCGGCAGUGCGGCCGGGACUCCCACCGCGGGGCCAACUCCCAGGGAAAUAGACAUCCAAGAAACGCUAGUGUCGGAAAACUUUCAGCUGUGUAAGACCGUGCGGCACGGUUUCCCUUACCAGUCCACUGCUUUGGCCUUUGACCCCGUGCAGAAGAUCCUGGCUAUCGGCUCAAGAUCAGGCGGUGUACGAAUACUGGGACGACCUGGGGUGGACUGCUACUGUCAGCAUGAGAGUGGAUCAGCUGUUCUUCAACUGCAGUUUCUCAUCAAUGAGGGGGCGCUGGUCACAGCCUGUGCUGAUGACACGCUACACUUGUGGAAUCUGCGUCAGAGGCGGCCAGCUGUCUUGCAUUCACUUAAAUUCAACAGAGAGAGGAUCACUUUUUGCCACCUUCCCUUUCAGAGCAAAUGGCUGUAUGUGGGGACAGAGCGCGGAAACACACACAUCGUAAACAUCGAGUCCUUCGUUUUGUCUGGAUACAUCAUCAUGUGGAACAAGGCCAUAGAACUCUCAACUAAAACUCAUCCAGGACCUGUGGUUCAUUUGAGCGACAGCCCAAAGGAUGAAGGCAAGCUGCUCAUAGGGUUUGAGAGUGGGACGAUUGUACAAUGGGACCUCCGGAGCAAGAAGGCUGACUUCAGAAUCUACUAUGAUGAGGCCAUCCACUCUGUCAGCUGGCAUCAUGAGGGGAAGCAGUUCAUGUGCAGCCACUCAGAUGGCAGCCUGACACUGUGGAACCUCAGAAACACCUCCAAGCCAUUCCAGGUCACUUUUCCUCAUGGAAAGAUACAGAAAGAUGGGAGGAAGGAGUCGUGUAAACCCAUACUCAAAGUGGAGUAUAAGACCUCGAGGAACAGCGAGCCUUUUGUUAUCUUCUCUGGAGGUCUUUCAUAUGACAAGGCAGGACGGCGGCCAACGUUAACCAUCAUGCACGGCAAGGCGAUCACUGUGCUUGAGAUGGACUAUCCCAUUGUAGAGUUCAUGGCACUCUGCGAGACUCCUUACAACAAUGAAAUCCAGGAGCCUUACGCAGUGGUGGUGCUUUUGGAGAAGGACUUAAUCGUGGUAGAUCUGACACAGAGCAACUUCCCUGUCUUUGAGAACCCUUACCCGAUGGACAUCCAUGAGUCUCCAGUUACCUGCACAGCCUAUUUUGUAGACUGUCCGCCUGAUAUAAUCCCCGUGCUCUACUCCAUAGGAGCUAAACACAAGAAGACUGGCUACAGCCAAAAGGAGUGGCCAAUCAGUGGAGGAACUUGGACGAUAGGUUCCCACACCUACCCAGAGAUUAUCAUCACAGGACAUGCAGAUGGCUCAAUUAAGUUUUGGGAUGCAUCUGCAGUCACACUGCAGAUGUUGUACAAGCUGAAGACCUCCAAGGUCUUUGAGAAGCCAAAACCAGGUGAGGGCCGGGGCGCUGAGAUGGUGGAGGAAGACCCCUUUGCUGUUCAGAUGGUCAGCUGGUGCCCUCAGAGCCGUAUCUUCUGUGUGGUUGGCAUCUCAGCCCAUGUCAUCCUGUAUCGAUUCAGCAGAUUUGAUGCCAACACUCAGAUAGUGUCACUAGAGGUGCGCCUGCAGUGUGAGUCAGAGGAUGUCAUCACUCCAUCAGAGAAUGAGAACAACCCCUGCUUCUCAGAGCCCAGCUCCCACUCACCCCAGCCCCACUACCAACACCCAUCUAGCCCCAGCAGCGGGACACCGGAGGGUGUCAAAGAGGGCAUCCCCUAUCUGAAGGUGAAGGACCGGGUAGUCCGGGUCCCCCCUGGCUACCAGGCCGAGCUGGUCAUCCAGCUGCUGUGGGCAGAUGGAGAACCUCCACAGCAGAUCACCAGCCUGGAUGUCAACUCUGCCUAUGGCCUUUUGGCGUUCGGGAAUUGUAACGGCCUAGUGGUAGUGGACUACUUGCAGAAAACCAUCCUGCUGUGUAUGUCAACAUUGGAUUUGUAUGGAGCUGCCGACCCCUACCAGCGCCUUACCCGCUCACCCCGCAGGAACAGACAGUCCACCUCAGAGUUUUGCAUGCGUGGCCUGUCUAACUUUUAUUCAGAUUCAAAGAAAAGGAUCCGUACAUCCUAUCAGAGCCUUAUUGAACUCUCUGACAACCAGCAGUCUGUUGAUAUGGAGAAAAGCAAGUCACCCACUUCAGCUCAUUACCCAACCUCCCUUCACAAUGACCCACGCGUCCUGCCAGAGCCUGUUGCCAGCCUGAGAGCCAGCCACUGCAGUCCAGUCUAUUACUUACUGGACAAUGUAAAGGGACCCGGCAGAAAGUUAAGUCUGCCAACAGAUCUUAAGACUGAUCUUGAUCAUGUCAAUGGACAUUGCACUAGCCCCACAUCCCAGCCCUGCUCGGCAGGGAAGCCUCGCGUCCCGGUGGGUCCCGAGGGGCCACGGCUUGCCCGCAGAGGCCCUGGCCGACCACCCUUCCGCAAGGCCCAGUCUGCUGCUUGCAUGGAGAUCUCUUUGCCUGUGUCCCACACUGAAGGUUAUGCAUCCAGGAGGGCAAUGCUUCAGCAGUUACAUGGAGUCACUAUGUACUCCCAUGAUGAGCACCACACCACCGCCACCCCCUACUGCUGGAAUGAGAGAGAGAACCGUGAAAACUCCUUCAGCCGCUCUCGCAGCUCCAGUGUGUCCAGCAUCGACCGGGAUACCAAAGAGGCUAUCACCACUCUGCAGUUUGGAGAGUCCUACGUGCGCAAGAGUGACAUCCUGCCCACACCAUGUUUGUGGGUGGGCACCAGCUUAGGCGUUGUUCUUCUCAUCCCAAUGUCCAUUCCCACUGACGAGGAGGAGAGGAUGGAGGAGCUUGUCACCGUUGGCCCCUGUGGAGCGGUCCUGAUGCUGAAGGGCUCAGUGUUGCGCUUUGGCUUCUUGGACUGCAUGGGAGCAUUUAUUCAGAGCCCUUACGAGGUUUGGCGAGAUCUGAAUGCCCCCGAGGACCCUGAUCGACCGCGGAGGCGCAAGCUGGUCCACUUUUCACCAUCAUCCUCCCAGGAUGCCUAUGGAGAGGGACAUCUGGCUGUGCUGUGCUCUGAGAGACAGGCCAAAGUGUUCUUGAUGCCCUCACAGUCUUGCCUCUUUGUCCACAACAUAACUGAGUCGUCCUUUGUACUGCGAGCCGAUGUGGUAUCAGUGUGUAACAGUAUUUGUCUGGCCUGCUUUUGUGCAAAUGGACACAUCAUGAUGCUCAGUUUGCCGAGUCUAAGACCGCUGAUGGAUGUCAGUUACCUGCCUCUGACAGACAUGCGCAUUGCAAGAACAUUUUGUUUCACCAACGGAGGGCAGGCAUUAUAUCUUAGCUCCCCGACGGAGAUUCAGAGAAUUACUUACAGCCAGGAGAUGUGUGACAACCUGCAGGAAAUGCUGGGGGAGCUGUUUACACCAAUAGAAACACCAGAAGCCCAGAACAGAGGCUUUCUAAAAGGCUUCUUUGGAGGAAAUGCCCAUAACUUCGACAGAGAAGAGCUCUUUGGUGAGGCAGCAGCUGGGAAGGCUUCUCGAAGUCUGGCGCAGCAUAUCCCGGGGCAGGGAGGGAUGGAGGGCAUGAAGGUGGGAGCUAGUGGAGCAGUGGGUGAGCUGGCUCGGGCCCGCAUUGCUCUGGAUGAGAGAGGCCAGAGACUGGGGGAGCUAGAGGAGCGAACCGCCCUCAUGAUGACCAGUGCAGAAACCUUCUCCAAACAUGCUCAUGAGCUGAUGCUAAAGUGCAAGGACAAGAAGUGGUACCAGUUGUAAUUAGCAGGACUAGGGUUGGUGCUGCACUUGGACCACUGGGAGAUUUAUGCCAGGACAGACACUUUCACUCAACUAAAGAGCAACUAAAAGACAGGCUCAACAGUGACUUUGUCUUUACGGCUUCUGGACUUGCUGUACUUUUGGCACUGUCACAUUGUUGAAUGACAAGGAUGGGUUAGUCCCUUGUCUAGAUAUGCAGCGAUAUGUCAGAAAGCGGACGGCAGCAUUUGAAGUACUAAAACUGGAACUGGAAAUAUCCACCA